AUGUACAGGGGCCAGGGGCUGCCGCUCCUCCUGCCGCUGCUGGCUGUCUGCCUGGGAGCCCAGGGCCGGAACCAGGAGGAGCGUCUGCUCGCGGACCUGAUGCACAACUACGACCCCCACCUGCGGCCCGCGGAGCGCGAUUCGGACGUGGUCAACGUCAGCCUGAAACUCACCCUCACCAACCUCAUCUCCCUGAAUGAGCGAGAGGAGGCCCUCACCACCAAUGUGUGGAUAGAGAUGCAGUGGUGUGACUAUCGCCUGCGCUGGGAUCCGCAAGACUAUGAAGGACUGUGGGUGCUGAGGGUGCCGUCCACCAUGGUGUGGCGGCCGGAUGUCGUGCUGGAGAACAACGUGGACGGCGUGUUCGAGGUGGCCCUCUACUGCAACGUGCUGGUGUCUCCUGACGGAUGUGUCUACUGGCUGCCGCCCGCCAUCUUCCGCUCCUCCUGCCCCGUCUCCGUCACCUACUUCCCCUUCGACUGGCAGAACUGCUCCCUCGUCUUCCAGUCCCAGACCUACAGCACCAAUGAGAUCAAUUUGCAGCUCAGCCAGGAAGAUGGUCAGAACAUAGAGUGGAUUUUCAUCGACCCUGAGGCCUUCACGGAGAACGGGGAGUGGGCCAUCCGGCACCGGCCGGCCAAGAUGCUGCUGGAUGUGGAGGCACCCGCCGAGGAGGCGGGCCACCAGAAGGUGGUCUUCUACCUGCUCAUCCAGCGCAAGCCCCUCUUCUACAUCAUCAACAUCAUCGCGCCCUGUGUGCUCAUCUCCUCGGUCGCCAUUCUCAUCUAUUUCCUUCCUGCCAAGGCGGGGGGCCAGAAGUGUACCGUCGCCAUCAACGUGCUCCUGGCCCAGACCGUCUUCCUCUUCCUUGUGGCCAAGAAGGUGCCCGAGACCUCCCAGGCAGUGCCACUUAUCAGCAAGUACCUGACCUUCCUCCUGGUGGUGACCAUCCUCAUUGUUGUGAAUGCUGUGGUCGUGCUCAACGUGUCUUUGCGGUCCCCCCAUACACACUCCAUGGCCCGCAGGGUCCGAAAGGUGUUCCUGCGGCUCUUGCCCCAGCUGUUGCGGAUGCACGUUCGCCCACUGGUCCCAGUGGCUGUGCAAGACACGGGGCGCCGGCUGCAGAACGGCUCCUCUCCGGGAUGGUCAAUCACAGCUGGGGAAGAGGUUGCUCUCUGCCUGCCUCGCAGUGAACUUCUCUUCCGGCAGCGGCAGCGCAACGGGCUGGUGAGGGCGGCGCUGGAGAAGCUAGAGAAAGGCCCGGAGCCAGGGCAGAGCCGAGAGUUGUGUGGCAGCCUGAAGCAGGCCGCCCCGGCCAUCCAGGCCUGUGUGGAAGCCUGCAACCUCAUUGCCCUUGCCCGCCACCAGCAAAGUCACUUUGACAGUGGGAGCGAGGAGUGGUUCUUGGUGGGCCGCGUGCUGGACCGUGUCUGCUUCCUGGCCAUGCUCUCCCUUUUUGUCUGUGGCACUGCUGGCAUCUUCCUCAUGGCCCACUACAACCAAGUGCCCCCUCUUCCGUUCCCUGGAGACCCCCGCUCCUACCUGCCCUCGCCUGACUGAGCCAACCAUCGGCCGCCAGCCACGUGGAGUCUGAUUGGCUGUGUUCUUCAGUGGCUGAGAUCAUGAGCGUGCUCUUUGGGAAGUGCCCUUCAUGGCCAUGUGAGCCAACAGGCCCUGAGAAAAGCAUGGGAAAUAAAGAGACCGAGCUGGAGUCCUGGAGUGGUUGAGAACGGCUGUGGGCAGGGUGUGCUGUUGGGAUCAGCAUCCGCGUGGCACCGGCUACCUAGUCCUGGCAAUCCCCUCACUUCAGCAAAGCAUUAGCAACUCCCAUCAUUUCUGAAGCCCCAAGGACUCUGUUUUUUACAAUGUCCCCAGCUAGGCAAGGUCCCAUCCCUCUAGGCCUAGGCCCCCUUUCCU